AUGCCAUCCUCCAAGGCCAGGUCUAGUCCAGCAGCUGACCAGCGAGGAGAUCGCCUCACACUGGCCAGGUUGGCGAGCUACGACGAUGUGGCGACAGAUGCGCUUAUUGAUCGUGCCUAUUUCUGGACUACGAUUCGCAAGAAUCGCACCAAGUUUGCUCCCGCGAGGGGCAUCCACGAAGAUAAUGUCGCGCAAAUCCUCCUUCAUAAGGUGAUUGUUGCCAAAAAUGUACGUGCCGCCGAGCAGGAACUUCUGGCAAUGACUGGCUUGAGCAAGUAUCUUCAGCGCCUACCUAAUGAUCGGGAGCGAGAAUGGUUCAAACGGCAUCUGCGAAAGUAUAUUCAUAUUUAUCUUCCAGACUGCCCAUUUGAAAUAUCUACUACAAACCGAUAUACCAUUACCGAGCAUGAAGCUUCUGUGGUCGCGCGCAGGGACAUCAAAAAGGGCGAGGAAAUCAAAUAUCUCUGCGGGACACUCGUCUCUAUGACUCGUGAAGAAGAACUUGAUCUGGACCUUAGUCGAAAAGACUUCAGCAUUGUCAUGUCCAGCAGGAGAAAGAGUCCUUCCUUAUUCUUGGGGCCUGCUCGUUUCGCAAAUCAUGAUUGCAAUGCCAAUGGGCGACUGGCGACUAGAGGUUCUGAUGGCAUGCAAGUUGUUGCUGCUCGCGACAUCGAGUUAGGCGAGGAAAUCACUGUUUCCUACGGCGACGAUUACUUUGGCAUUGACAACUGCGAAUGCUUAUGUGAGACCUGCGAACGUGCCGUGCGCAACGGAUGGUCACCACCAGUUCCUCUAUCAGACAGUCAAACCUCCACACCAGCCCAAUCUCCUCGACUAGAAACACGAGAACUCGAAGUCCAAGGUGCUCAUGGUUCCUCUACGCCCCUGAGCAUUGAAUUAACCGACGGCGAUGCGCUUGUCCCUGCGGAUGGAGGGGCAGAGCAGACCACUGCAAAGAAGAGAAAACUAGACAGUGACAGUGAUCAGGAAACUUCUUGCCCUUCCACACCUCACAAGAGGUCCAAAUUCGAGCAUCGACAAUCGAAGCUCCGAGAAGAACUUGUCUUGCCUGAGAUCGCCGAGUCCAUUGAGAAGCCCCCAUUCCCAGGUUCAUCUACGCCAACGGCUCAGGAUUUGCCCUCCCAACAAACAGCGGAACCAGAGAACUCUGUCAAACAGCAGAUAAUCCCUGCAGAGACAGAACACAACACCAAUAGCUCAUCCGGUGGUUCGUCCGAUCAUGAUUCAGCCACCUAUUCUUCAGACGAAAGUCAACCAUCUGUAUCGACGCCCGCCACAUCGAUAUCCGGCGUGAUUCCCAGCGUCAAAAUAGAGUCCAUUGAAAACAACACAGAACCAGCUGCGCUUGCUGCAGCUACUUCUGCUUCCUCCUCUACUCGACAAACUCCAGAUUUUGUUAACAAUGAAAGCAAUUCCGCUACUCCCACGGGCGGCCCCUCUCAACCACCACAAGGCGACAGUGAAUCGAAACCCCCAACUACUGGCAAACGUCGGUACAACAAACGGAAAUACGCCCUACCGUCCGUAGAAGCGGAUCUCACUAUACCCAAGAUUCGAACGCCCGGCGACUACACAAAGACGGCCCGACUCCUCGCACAGCGAUACGAUCGAUGGGUAGAUUGCCAAACCUGCCCGUCGUGGUUCCUACAAGAGAACGCCUAUCAAACACGCAAGGAAUGUCCUCGAUGCGAGCGCCAUUCAAAACUGUACGGUUUCCGUUGGCCCAAGACCGACCCCGAUGGCUCCAGCGAUGAGGAGACCCGCGUGAUGGAUCACCGCACCGUGCACAGAUUCCUGUCGGCCGAAGAAGAGGCCAAAGUUGACCGCAAGAACCGCGGUGUCACCGUUUUGGGAGAUGUUGUCGUUGCCACGCCCGCCGCUCCAGAAAAUCCUUUUGUGCCUCCUUCUUCUUCUUUCUCGGAUACUCGAAGUGAAACUGAAUUCAGUGAUAAUGAAGGACGGCGCUGUACUCGUGCUAGUCGGCAUCGCACUAAGCCUCUGCGCUCGACUUAG